AUGCCUCGACCUGCUGCCAAACAUCACCAGCCUUUUCGGAAACGACCAGCCCCUGCAAAAAACCGUGAGGAACCUAGCAGCGAUGACGAUUCCCCAGAGCAGCUCACGAAAGAUGAACAACGAGCAUUAAAGCGAUUUAAAGCCGGAAUGGAUGAUGACGGAAGUGACGCAACCAACGAUGAUAGCGGCCCUGAGGAGGUCGACAUCGGCGGCGGCAGGCAAGGCGACGAAGAGGAUGAGACUGGCGAGGACGAGGAAGAGGACGACAGCGAUGAUAGCACAGGGGAAGGAGAUCACAGUGACGACGACGACCGGACUCUUGAAGAGCAGGUGGCCGACGUGCCGUUCGAGGUGCUGGAGGCGCUCCGGCAGGACGGCCGGGGGCUGGCAGCGGAAGCAGCGGACAAAGGCACAUGCGAGGCGGAGGGAGAGGUUCGUGAUCCCCGGUUCGACUCCACCUCGGGCCCACCUCCCACGGACACCUUUCGCCGGAGGUACGCCUUCCUGUACAACGAGUCCUUGCCUCAGGAGAAGUCCGAGCUGCAGGCCAAGAUAAAGAAGGAGAAGAACCCCAAGUUCAAAGCGCAGCUACAG